CCUUUUCUUUUCCUUCAAACCCUAGAGAGAGAGAGUGGCCAUCAGCUAAUGGCGAUGAAGAAUCUAUUGACCUCAGCUCUCCGAUCUCAGAGGCGUCUAGCCUUGAAUCGAGCCGUACGAGCUUCCUCCACCCUCUCAGCCCUCGGUUCAGCCUCUCUGACUUCUCCCACCCCAUCGCCGCCGAUCGUUAUGCCCUACGACCACGCCGCCGAGAUCACCAAAGAGAAGCUGAAGAGGCUAGAGCGCCCAGAGCAGCGUUUCCUCAAAUACGCAUCUCCGAUUCCGAUCCUCGCCUCGCACAACCACAUCUUAUCAGCCCCUGAGACGCGCGUCACCACCUUGCCCAACGGUCUCCGAGUCGCCACCGAAUCCAAUCUCUCCGCGAAGACGGCCACCGUCGGAGUAUGGAUCGACGCCGGAUCCAGGUUCGAAUCCGACGAGACGAACGGGACGGCUCAUUUUCUGGAGCAUAUGAUAUUCAAAGGCACGGAGAGGCGUACGGUGAGAGCCUUGGAGGAGGAGAUCGAAGACAUUGGUGGUCAUCUCAAUGCGUAUACGUCGAGGGAGCAGACCACUUACUAUGCGAAAGUGAUGGAUUCGGAUGUGAACCAGGCUUUGGAUGUCUUGGCUGAUAUCUUGCAGAACUCUAAGUUCGAGGAGCAGAGGAUUAACCGCGAGCGUGAUGUCAUCCUCAGGGAAAUGCAAGAGGUGGAGGGACAAACCGAUGAAGUUGUUCUUGACCAUUUACACGCCACUGCUUUCCAGUACACACCUCUUGGAAGAACUAUUCUAGGACCUGCUCAGAAUAUCAAGUCUAUCACCAGAAAUGAUCUUCAGAAUUACAUUAAGACUCAUUACACAGCUUCCAGGAUGGUGAUUGCUGCGGCAGGAGCUGUCAAGCAUGAGGAAGUUGUUGAGCAAGUGAAGAAGCUAUUUAACAAGUUGUCAUCUGAUACAACUUCUACUACUCAGCUAGUUGCCAAAGAACCUGCUCGUUUUACUGGCUCUGAGGUUCGAAUGAUUGAUGACGACCUACCCCUUGCACAAUUUGCUGUUGCCUUUGAAGGAGCAUCUUGGACAGAUCCAGAUUCUAUUGCUCUUAUGGUUAUGCAAACCAUGUUGGGUUCAUGGAACAAAAAUGUUGGUGGUGGCAAACACAUGGGUUCUAACCUGACCCAGAGGGUUGCCAUUAAUGAAAUAGCAGAAAGCAUAAUGGCAUUCAACACCAACUACAAGGAUACUGGCCUUUUCGGCGUGUACGCAGUUGCUAAGGCUGAUUGCUUAGAUGAUUUAUCAUAUGCUAUCAUGCGUGAGGUAACCGGGUUGGCCGGCCGAGUUUCAGACGAUGAUGUGACACGUGCACGGAAUCAGCUGAAAUCGUCGCUAUUGCUUCACAUGGAUGGAACUAGUCCAAUUGCUGAAGAUAUUGGUCGUCAGCUGCUGACCUAUGGGAGAAGAAUCCCAACCGCUGAACUCUUUGCAAGGAUCGAUGCUGUUGAUGCCAACACGGUUAGACGUGUCGCCAACAAGUAUAUCUGGGACAAGGACUUUGCAAUCUCAGCCAUUGGUCCGAUCCAAGAUUUGCCAGACUACAACAAGUUCAGACGCAGAGCUUACAUGAACCGUUACUAAGCCUCUGAAAUAACCGUCACAGCACCGCAAUGUUCGCCCACGGGAGACUCCGUAGGCGGAGAGAGAGAGAACAAGGGUGGCUGAUCGAUUCAUUAUUUUGAGUUUUCCUUUGCUGUAAUCUUAUAAAUUUCCCAUCGGUGGUAAAAUAAUAAAUCUACCAUUUGGAAGAUGUUAGAGAUCCUUUGGUUUUUGCUUCUCUUCAUAAUUUUGCUAUACAUACUAAUAAGGUGUGGAAUGUUGGUUUAAAACCUUAAUUUGAAUCAUUAUUUCCUUUA